AUGAACUUUUGCGUUGCUCCUUGCCUCACUCUGUCCCCAACGGCCGACAGUUGUCCCUUCGAACCCAUCAGGCUAUCGUUCACGGGCAAUGUCAGGCUGGGACCAGAAGCGUUCACCCCGGGUGGCUCAAUAUCCAUUUCAUCACCACAUGCUGAAAUCUGGCUUCAAAAUAAACAGAUACUCAUACGAGAUCAAAACACCACACAUGGAACAUAUGUGAAUGGUAUCCGAAUAGUACAACAAACUCUCUUGCAGAAUGGCGACAUCCUCACACUGGGUGCUCCAAUCGUCCGGUCGCCUAGCAUCCCCAACAAUGUAACCAAUGAACAACUCAAGCCCAUCAAAGCAAUGGUGAAAAUUGUGGGUGUUUGA